AUGACAUCAAACCCGAUUCAACGAUAUAUUCCUUACCUGGAGUCUGGAUUUACUGACAUGUGGGUCCUGACGAUGUCUGACAGCCUCGAUUUAAUCAACAUGCUGGAGGCCGCUUGCAUAUCACAUUUCAGCUUACACGUUGGUUGCAGGAACAAAAAUGAAAGCGGUGGCGAGGGCGCUCAGAAUCGAGUGAGUCCUCCAAUGCCACCCUUUUACCUUUAUGUUACUGGGGGCAGGGCAGAUCAGCCACGAAGAGAACCUAUGAAGCAUGUGGUGGCACUUGCCAAGGCAGAAGUGGAGGAAAACCCACUUGCAUCCCCCGCGAUGCGAGAAUUUGCAGGUGUGAGACUACGAGAUGCUGAGAAACGCGCGACCAGAAUUCUGGAGAAGCAUGAGCUCGCUGCUCCCAUUCCAAUUGACAGAGUGAAACUUCAUGAUUCUGCAAAGCCGAAACAGCUCAGAAACUUCCCCUGCAUGAAGUUUUCUUCUUGGCUGAAGUUCCUCCUUGACACUGACAGGGUACCCAGUCAGCUUUGUGGCUGUGGCGACAUGGCAUCUAUGAAUGCAAAGCUGCGUGAAUUUUGGGGCCGCUAUGAGCAAAUCCACCCUACUCACCCGCUAUUCCAGAUGCAGCGAGAUGGCCAAGUUGAUCUUUCCUUCAUGCUGCCGGUUUCAUUGAAGAGGUCUGGCCUGGGAAUGAACUUCGUUGGCAACACCUGGGGCAAUCAGUUCAUGUUUGCUUGCAUGCUGCGAAAGCUCUUCAAGAAAAGGCCUCAAGUUCUUGACAACCUUGUGCUGGCUUAUGCGCAAGACAUGGCAGAGUUAUUUAACUCUGGGGUGUCCAAUGCUGAUGGAACAGUCACCAUCCGUUGCUGCCACCUGGGGACAAAGGGUGACCUACCUGCGCUAGCCCGCAUGGGCAAUAUGCUCCACACCUUCUCCAAUGUCCCUAGAGCUGCUUCCAGCAGGAAGUCUUGCGAAGGAAUUUGCUGGAUGUGCAAAGCUGGACAGGAAAACCCCGACGUUCCGUUUGAGGACGUGUCAGGGCAGCCAUUGUGGGAAGCCACGCUUGGUUGCCAAAAUGCUUGGCAUGAGACGCCGCCAAUUUUGACUGGUGUUCCAUGGCUGCAAACAGAGCACUGGUCAUUCUUCAAGACCGACAUAUGGCACAACCUGCACCUGGGCAUAGCGAAGCACUUUACUGCGAGUGCCUUUGUCUCAUUAUUGGAGAUUCUUCCUUUGAAUGGGGCAUCCAUGGAUGACAAGAUCCGAUGGCUCGAUGAGUGCUACAAAGACUAUUGUGCUCGCAAGCGGGUCAGCCCUCAUGUGGAGGAAAUUGGGCGUGACACUUUGUCAUGGCCUCAAGCUUCCAGCUGUCCUGUUGGCUCUUGGAACAAAGGAAGUGCCAGCACGCAUUUCAUGAAAUUCUUGGAGGAUCUGUGCCUCCAGAAUGCAGCUGAAUGCGCGGGGGACCCACUACUUCAGGCAAUUGCCACUGGCACAAAGGCCAUGAACAGUGUGAUGUCGGCGUUGUAUGGUGAGGGAUUCUUUAUUCACUGGACCAAAGCUGAAAAGAUCGCGAAGUUGUGGCUGCUCUUUCUCCAGAAGUAUGCCAUGUGCGCCCGCUUGGUGUACAGACAUGGGCGGUCGCGCUUUGCUCUUGUUCCGAAACUACACAUGCUCCACCAUGGAUGCAUGAGGCUGCUCAGGCAAGCAGAGCUUGCAAAACAGAAUGGAACUCGUUGGACUGUGAACCCCUUGGGGGAAUCAGUCCAACAACAAGAAGAUUUCAUAGGCAAACCGUCGCGAUUAAGCAGGCGGGUUUCUGCGAAGCAGAUACAUGCCAGG